UGCACAAGCACAGCUACAUCUGGAGGAUGAGACAAGGACUUUGUCGAUGAAGAGGAAACUGUUGAUCGAGCAAUCUUAGCAUGGAAAUCCCUUGAGAAGACGUAGUCUGUUAAGGCUUACACGGUAGAGGUACACUGGAAGGCGCCAAGGCCUCAUGGCGGAAAAUUGGCAGCGGCGGCGGGAUCGACGUAUGAUCUCUACUCUUUUCGGUGGCUCCGGGACUGGCACUGGACUUUGGCUUUUUGCGUGGCAGGACUGUCGACUUGUCAACACAUAAUUGCGUACUCUUAAUUCAUUUGCAUGGUCGAAUCCUUCCUUUGCUUUCACAUGCUAUCUCAUUGAGCGUAUGCCUGCCAUACCACUCUUGUGGAUGGACUCAUCUAGAUGGCAUACAGAGCCAUUCGAUUGGGCUUCUUAUGCCUACCAACUCCUCGCACCACGGGUUCACGUUAAAGGCCGCAUGGCUCUCCUCAUGCUCCUGGCCGUUAUCUGGGCCUUCGCAUGGCUACUAUGGCGUGCCUAUUCAGUCGUUACCACCCCGAACGAAGUCCUGGUUGAGAAACUCGGUCUUGACAUCCCCCCUGCUCCGCUUAUUACCCUCGAAGAGAUAGCCGAGAACGAGGUGCAAAUUACUUGGAAAUAUACAGAACCUUCAUCUUCUAUACAAGAACAUCAUGUCGAGGUCAAUGGGAAGGUGGUUGGCACCACACGAAAGCACGAUUUCGGCGCGGUCAUAUACGAUCUCACGCCUGGCACAAUCUACGACAUUCGCGUUUUCUGCGUCAGUACUGGCACCUUCCAGACACCAAGCGCAGCCUUACACGUACGCACGCCCGGGUCUUCCUCGACUUCCUCCCCUGAAGGAUCGUCCGAGCCAACUCCAAAAGUCAAAGCCAUUCCCGCUCGAAACAAUGCAACGCUUGCUCCCAUUCCAGCCCCGACGAUGUCCCGUGAACUCAGUGGAAGUGUACCAACGGUUCGAAGAGGCACAACGGGACGAAGACCGUCUCCUGCAAACCAUAACAUCGACUCGCAAGGUUCAGAUCUAACGAAAGGCACAGACGACGAGGUGGAUGACGAUCUGGCAGAGUUGUCCGAACGUUUUCAAAAGGUCCAACAAGAUAUCGAGGCGGUGGACGUACAGAUUCAGGAGGAGGACAAGGAAUAUGAGGCUGCUCUCAAGGAACAAGAAGCCCGCCGAGAUGAGCUGAAGCAAAGCUUGAAAGAAAGGGAUGAUGCGAGCAAUGACCUGCGCAGGCAAGUACAUAAGAUGGAGGCUGCCAGUCGAACCGCUCAAAGCGAGAAGACUAAGAAACAACGUCUGUUGCAAGAGAAGGAGACUGAACGGCGGAAGCGUCGCAACGAUAUCGAAUUCUGGGAGAAACAGAGCGCUCUGAUGAAGAAGGAAGUUGCCGGAAUUGAAACCCAGAAAGCCGCCGUUGAGAGUAGAGGUCAGUCGGACCUUACCGAGAUCCGAAAGAAGAUUGAAGAGGAGCAGAAAGAGGUUGCCAUGUUGGAGGAAGACAACAAGGAGAAGGCUCUUCAAAUCAAGGCCAUGGAAGAAGAGCGCCAGCAAGUGGAAGUGGAGGACGAGACCGAUGAAACGCGAGAAGUCGAUAGACUCGAUCGUGAGCGAGACAUGAGAUGGAGAGUGAAAUUCGACGGCCUUCAACAACAUUAUUCGCGGCUGUGGGAGGAGCUGAAUCAAGUCACCCAGCAGGCUAACAUCACUGAGCAGCAAGUCAAGGCUGCACAGGCGGUAAGAGCAAAUAUGGUUUCCUUCGCGCCGCCGCCAUCGUUCGACCCAGAGGCAUUCAGACGAGGCAUGAGGUCCGUCCGUCGAGCACGGCACACCAGUUCACAUGGGAGUAGCAUUUCCUCACCUCGAGGUCUGUUCGCUGGCGGAGAUUCCUUUCCCACUGCGUUGCAGUACACGUCAGUCACCAAUGCGUCUCCCACCACUAUUGUGCCGACUUACUUCAAUCCCAACAACGGCAUGACAUUGACUAUUCCCUCGGAAAUACAAACUCCGGUCGCUGAUGAUAUUGAGCCCGUCACAUCAGUUCCGAUGAGCCCCAGAGCGGACAUGCUCUUACCUGCGGAUCUGCUUGGGGAUGAAUCUGCAGAUGAAUUGCCGGAAACAGUCCUGGGCGCACCAAGGGAGGGGCCUCCAAAUACGGGAACAACACCAUUUCCCACAAUCGGUUCGCCUGUGCUGUACGAUCAUGCUCGCCGUACAGAAACUCCCUCCGCCGGAUCAUCUUCCGGGCGGUCGUUCUCCAGCCCGAUGCAGACUUCAGCACCAGCAGUUGAAGCUGAUCAGAAGUCUUCUGACUCGAGUUACAAACCAGAAGAUACAACCGAGACCAUUGAGGAGGAGGACGGGGAGGAACUUGUCCAGCAAACAAGCAAGCCCAAAUAUAUGUCGAUGUCGUCCAUGUUUGGCCUUCAUCGACAACGCGGGAAAACCUCCCUUGCCGAUCAACCGCCACCACUAGGUUCGCUCAAGCAAGGCCAGAGUCAGUCCUUCCCAAGAGAGCCUCAAGAUCUCGACCCAUCCGCACAACCUAGGAGGCGGCUCAGCUAUGGCGGUAAUUGGGCCUUUCCCGUUAUGCGAGGAAAUGGCAGCUCGGAAGAAAAGGAGCCGGAAUCGUCACGAUUUGCAUCGGCACGCCGUGCUUUUGCUACCUUUGGCAAGUCGUCGGCUGCUUCUGGGGCGUAUGAUCCCUUCGCACCAAGGUCAGGCUCAUUGGAUCCUGGUUUUCGUGGAGAGACAUCGUCACCACGCCCAUCAUCCACUUAUUCGUUCGACAAAUUGCCGCGUCCGUCCCAAGAGAGUCAAUUCCGUGCAUGGGGCGCCGACAAGUCUGCAUUACGGAACAGCCCUCUUGUUCCAGCAGAUUGGAGCUCUUUCCAGUCAUUCUCGCGGGCUCAUUCCCGUCGUCCAUCGUUUGUUCAUGAGUCUACGAGCAACUUGUCCCUGCCUGGGAAUGAACCCAUGAUAAUUGAGCCGGACAGGAAGAUGGGCCGUCCCCUGCAAGCACCUAUCGGCACACGUCCAGCAUCGUCACAGCAGGCUUCGACUCCAAAGCUCAAUCCAGCUGCACCCGCGUUCACCACCUUGUUCAGUAGAAAAAGUGAGAAGGGCAAAGAGAAGAACAAGUCCAAAGACUCUAAGGCAGGCGAUGUCGACACUGCUUCGCCACCCGAGUCGAGAAAGUCCAAAGAUACCAGUUCUUUGGCUGCCACAAUUUCGACUCUGGACUCUGAAACGCUUGAUCGUACCGCUUCCGGAACGAGUGCGAAUAUGUCAGUCGAAAGUACGCCAGUCAAAGCGCCCAACUUCAUUUCCAAAAUCACUCGGAAAGCCAGCAGCAACAAGUUUGGUAGCUGGAAGGAGAAAGGUGGCGGUUUGUUCUCUAGGAAAGACGCAACAGCACCAAACGGCGAGAACGAGGACGAACAAGGUUCGAGUGAACAUCUCGGCAAGAGCCUAGAGAGCACGUCGACUACUCCCAGUGGCGAAGAAAAGAAAACGAGUCGGACAAGUCUGAGUAGCUGGAACUUCAUGCCUUCGAUGCGUAAGGGUAAGAAGGGAGGCAAGGAGGAUUUGACGGCCAGCGAAAUCAGUGAGAGUAGCGAAAGAGCAAGUGAAACAGGAGAGGAAAGGGAUGAUGAUGAGGCAUGAAAUAUGAUAGAAUGAAAGAAUAUGAGGAUGAAUUGGUUGAUUCCCGUCAAUCCCUACAAGCUGAAUAUUGAAUGGCUUGUACAAUCAUCGAGGUACAUUAUGUUCAGUAC